GUCGCUUAGUUCAACGGGAUUGAAGAAGCAGACGUAUCGUGAGUUCACAUCUGUUCUUCAGUUGUUGCCUGAGACAACGGUAUCUACUGCAGCUAGGAGCUUUCACCGCAAAAGAGCACCAUGCAGAUUUUCGUGAAGACACUGACGGGGAAAACCAUCACCCUCGAAGUUGAAGCGUCCGACACUAUCGAGAACGUGAAGGCCAAGAUUCAGGAUAAAGAAGGGAUCCCACCCGACCAGCAGCGUCUCAUCUUUGCUGGCAAGCAACUCGAGGACGGACGCACAUUGUCCGAUUAUAACAUCCAGAAGGAAUCUACCCUUCACUUGGUACUUCGGCUUCGAGGCGGCAUGCAGAUCUUUGUGAAGACUUUGACCGGCAAGACCAUCACAUUGGAGGUCGAGGCCUCCGAUACCAUCGAGAAUGUCAAAGCAAAGAUCCAAGACAAGGAGGGGAUCCCUCCAGAUCAGCAGAGAUUGAUCUUUGCUGGGAAACAGCUCGAAGAUGGCCGCACCCUGUCGGACUACAACAUCCAAAAGGAGUCGACUCUGCAUCUGGUUCUCCGUUUACGUGGUGGCAUGCAAAUUUUCGUCAAGACCUUGACAGGAAAGACGAUCACUUUGGAGGUGGAGGCUUCGGACACCAUCGAGAACGUGAAGGCGAAGAUCCAGGACAAAGAAGGCAUUCCACCUGACCAGCAAAGGUUGAUCUUCGCAGGCAAACAGCUCGAGGACGGACGCACAUUGUCCGAUUACAACAUCCAGAAAGAAUCUACCCUUCACCUGGUACUUCGACUUCGAGGCGGUAUGCAGAUUUUUGUGAAGACUUUGACCGGCAAGACCAUCACAUUGGAGGUCGAGGCCUCCGACACCAUCGAGAAUGUCAAAGCGAAGAUCCAGGACAAGGAGGGGAUCCCCCCGGAUCAGCAGAGAUUGAUCUUUGCUGGGAAACAGCUCGAAGACGGCCGCACCCUGUCUGACUACAACAUCCAGAAGGAAUCCACUCUGCAUCUGGUACUCCGACUUCGUGGCGGUAUGCAGAUUUUUGUGAAGACUUUGACGGGCAAAACCAUCACUUUGGAGGUUGAGGCUUCUGACACUAUUGAAAAUGUGAAGGCCAAGAUCCAAGAUAAGGAAGGCAUUCCACCCGACCAGCAAAGACUGAUCUUCGCGGGGAAACAGCUGGAAGACGGACGCACCCUGUCCGACUACAACAUUCAGAAAGAGUCUACUUUGCAUUUAGUUUUGCGACUCCGGGGCGGUAUGCAGAUUUUUGUCAAGACCUUGACUGGUAAAACUAUUACUUUGGAGGUCGAAGCGUCGGAUACCAUCGAGAACGUGAAAGCCAAAAUUCAAGACAAAGAGGGCAUCCCACCCGACCAACAAAGACUGAUCUUCGCGGGGAAACAGCUUGAGGACGGGCGUACCUUAUCCGACUACAACAUCCAGAAGGAGUCCACCCUCCACCUGGUGCUCCGACUUCGAGGCGGUAUGCAGAUCUUCGUCAAGACCUUGACGGGGAAGACUAUCACGUUGGAGGUCGAGGCCUCCGACACCAUCGAGAACGUGAAGGCGAAGAUUCAGGACAAAGAAGGCAUUCCACCUGACCAGCAAAGGUUAAUCUUCGCGGGCAAACAACUCGAGGACGGGCGCACCUUGUCCGAUUACAACAUCCAGAAAGAAUCCACGCUUCACCUUGUACUUCGCCUUAGAGGUGGCAAUAUGUAAUUUGUUCUCUGUCUAAUUGCCACGUAUAUUUUUUUCUAUCUUUUUUUUUUCUUCUAGAUUGUUAGUUUUAUUUAACGAGGAAGAAUAAAUUAUUUAUGUUGCGAUCACUUUAAUAUGCGUGUCAUUUGUGUGCCCUUGGUGUCCUUGUAUCCUACGAUUGUAAUCCGUAAUCUUAGAUCUGUAUUGAUUACCUAGAAGAGCCAGGUGAAGCGUUAGG